GGAAUGUUGAAAAGUUGCCGGCCACAUUCCUUCCCUUUGUUUUCAUGUCUCGCGCUUACACGUCGUCCGCCGUUGACUUGUUUGCCAUCAUCAUAAGCCAUGGCAUUUGCUCCGCCUGGCCUGUCCAGCACCAGUCUUGGGUACCCAUGAAGCUCGACUGCUGAGCGACUGAUCUGAUACGCCUUUGUCUAUCUAACCGAUCGCGGCGGCAUUGCUACUCUUUGUGCCAAAUCCUUCUCUUGUCAAACCCUUCCCCCUGUUCGCACCUUCGCUUGUCAUUACAUCGAUAUCUCAGCAGAAGGCUCAAGAGAGAGAGAUUGAAUAGUAAAUUCGUCAGAAUGGUCAACUCGUCCGGGACCCCGCGGUAUGGCACCGAUGACCAGGCAGGAGGUGCACGACGAGAGCGAAGCAAGACCCCAUCAGCAGAUCCGGGCAUGAAGUCCCGUAUAGGAGGAACAGCUGACUCCGCAGGCUCCAAUCGCAGCAACUCCGGCCGGCCCCUCAAAAGAGAGACCAAGACGGCCAGCGCAGAGGGACCAUCGGAGUCGUCGCGCAGCGGUCAUCCAGAGGGUGGUGGGAGUGGCAGUGGGAGCCGCGGCAGCCGCGACCACAAAGACAACGUCGGGGGCGCGCUGCAGGGUCCGGGUCCGCAACCGACCCCCAAGGCGACGAAGCCGACGCCGAAGAAACCGGCAACGAGCGCGAAAAAGGCAAGAAGACCAGCACCGAUCCCCAUCACUAACGACCGGCCCAAGAGGGAGCGAAAGGCACCCGAGCGCUAUUCGCCAGGCCUGAUGCCCAGCCAGAAGAAGGCCUUGGAGAAGAAGCAAAGCCAGAGGAAGAAAAAGACAACGACCACAAAGGCCAAGGCCAAGGCCGGCGGCGUCACGAAGUCGACCAGCACCAAGAAGGCGGCCGCAGCGAAGAAGGACGUCGCGAAGAAGGCUGCCAAAGCCGCGACGGCAACGACGACCGCGAGCACGACAACAAAGACCAAAGCCAAGACAGCAUCCCAGACCACGGCCACAACCACAACCACGGCGACCAAGCCCAAGCCCAAGAAGAAGACUACUCCCAAGGGGGCGACUAGCAAGGCUGCGACGACGACGAAGUCGAAGUCCAAAGUUGCUAAAGGAACGCCGAAGAAAGCUGUUACACCCAAGAAGAACCUCAAGGUAAAGGCUGACGCAAAGAAAACAACAGCCACAGCCAAGCCCAAGCCCAAGCCCAAGCCCAAGAAGGCUGCACCAAAGAAGACGCAAACGCAGACACCAAAACCGAAGCCUGCAGCGCCGGCCGCGACGAAAGUCCCGGAAAAACCGCAGAGAGCCUGGUCUCCGUUUUUCGGCUAACUGCUCUCAGCGGCAUUCCCAUCUCCAUUCCAUAGUUUGCGGUGGGCGGCACAUUAAUGAGUAGCCCUUGAUGGAAUUGAAACACAACAAGGCAGAGACAGAACAUGCCAAUUGUCGGAAAAGGAUGGGCGAUGAUGUGGGUUAGCGGCAUCAUGCGGUAACUUGGAGCAAGGGGAGUUGGCCAGGAACAAACAGCACGAGGCACGACGAGGCUGAGCCUGGAAGGGGUGUCUCGAUGAAUAUCGGACGCAAAUGGCUAUCGCCGUCGAGCUGGAAAUGUGUCA